AUGCAUGGAAAAAAUAUAUUGCCACUAAUGCUGACUUUGUCCCUAGAAGCAGAACAUGGCUAUGCAUCAGUGUUACCCUUCGAUAGUGACUAUUCCAGAAAGAAAACAAAGGCAGGCACCAUGGCCAGAAAAUCCCAGAAUAACAGGUCAUCACACAACGAACUAGAAAAACAUAGGCGGGCUAAACUCCGGCUAUAUUUGGAACAGCUAAAACAGCUUGUGCCUCUCGGGCCGGACAGCACCAGACACACCACUCUAAGUCUGUUGAAAAGAGCUAAGAUGCAUAUCAAG